GCAGAGAAAAUAACAUUACAAGCAAGGUUUCUAGAUAUCGUGAAUUAAGUUCUUAGUUGAAUAGAUAAAUUUUAUUGAGAACGGAGUGAAACAUGGUGGAAGCAGAUCACGAACAUGGAGACUAUGACAGGAACAGGGAACUAAAGCUUCUUGAUGAAACAAAAGCAGGUGUGAAGGGUCUUGUUGAUGCUGGUUUAUCCAAGUUAUCAAAGAUAUUCGUUCAUGACAGCCAUAAAGUCAACGAUUCUUCUUCUUCUUCCUCUUCCUCCUCCUCCCCUCCUGCUACGGAUGUUAGUAUUCCAGUUAUUGAUUUGGGAUCACUGCACGAAGAAGGUAAUUCACGCCAUGAGAUCGUUCAGAAAGUCAAAGAUGCGUGUGAGAAAUGGGGUUUCUUUCAAGUGGUCAACCAUGACAUUCCACAGAGUGUUUUGGAUGAAAUGCUUGAUGGGGUGCGUAGAUUUCAUGAGCAAGAUGCUGAGGUAAAGAAAGAAUUCUAUUCACGUGAUAUUACAAAGAGGGUAUUCUACAACACCAACUUCAAUUUUUAUACAGCUUCAGAGAUUAAUUGGAGGGACACCCUCUAUUGUUUAUUGGCGCCAGGACCCCUUGACCCUCACCAACUCCCUUCAAUUUGCAGAGAUAUAACAAUUGAGUACUCAGACCAAGUCAAGAAAUUGGCACUAACUCUUUUAGAACUGCUUUCGGAGGCAUUAGACUUAGAAAGCAGUUACCUUAAAGACAUAGAUUGUGGUGAAGGAAUUUUCAUGGUUGGACAUUAUUACCCUCCUUGUCCUGAGCCUGAACUCACUUGGGGGAUAGGUGGUCAUACUGAUAUUGGCUUUGUAACUGUUCUUCUACAAGACCAAGUUGGUGGACUUCAAGUCUUUCAUGAAGACCAGUGGAUUGAUGUCACUCCCAUUCCUGGUGCUUUUAUCAUUAACCUUGGAGAUAUGAUGCAGCUAAUCACAAAUGACAAAUUCAUGAGCGCCAUGCACAGAGUUGUGGCUCAGAAAGUAGGUCCACGAAUUUCGGUUGCAUAUUUUCUGAGACAACAUGUUGAUGAUGAAUCUCCAAGAAUGUAUGGACCAAUAAAAGAGUUGUUGACAGAAGAUAAUCCUCCAAUUUAUAAGGAAAUGAAAAUGUCGGACUUGGUUAAACUGGUGUACACUACAAAGCUAGUCUCCUCUCCACUAAACCACUUCAGGCUCUGAAGAAGUAUCAAGAAUCAAAGAAUCAAAGAUACUCUUGUAUGAAAGUAUAUUAAUUACAAACUUUCUUGAGGGAUGCUAGAGUGAGAGAUUCAACAUUUAUUGUUUUAAAAAACUCUCAUGUCUUAUAUCUAAAUAAAAGUUCCUUCAAAAUUCA